CACAUCAGUGCAUUGGAAUAUUUUCGCAAUAUUUUUAAGUGAUUCAAUUAUAAACUAAAACAUGAUAAAAGUACUACCCGUUAUUUCAAGAAAACUAUCCCACGUCUGCAGCCUGAAACCAUUCAAGGAAACAAAAUGGUUAAUGCCGAAUGGGAAUCCAAUUGGAGUAUAUGUUUACAAUUGUAUUGCCGAUCAAAAGGUUCCGGUAAUUCUAAAUGAUCCAACUAUUGCUACAUGGUACUCCUGUGGACCAACUGUGUAUGAUUCAGCUCAUAUAGGUCACGCAUGCUGCUAUGUAAAACUAGAUAUCUUACAAAGAAUUAUGAAAUCUUUUUUUAACAUCAAGUUAGUCACUGCCAUGGGUAUUACCGAUAUCGAUGACAAAAUUAUAAAGAAAGCGAAAGAAACCAACACAGAUUUUAGAAUAGUAGCUAAGAACUUUGAACAUGAAUUCUGGCUAGAUCUAUCAAGCUUGAAUAUUGAAAAACCAAUGAUUAUUACUAGGGUAUCAGAAUAUAUGCCUACAAUACAAAGUUUUGUAAAAAAUCUCAUAGAUUCGGAAAUGGCUUACAUUGCUACUGAUGGCUCAGUAUAUUUUGAUACAAGCAAAUUUCCUUCAUAUGGAAAAUUACAAAAUAUGCAAGAUAAUGGUGAGCCAACAAGUAAUGAAAAAAGAAAUAAAAUGGAUUUUGCUCUUUGGAAAGGUUUUAAGCCGGGUGAACCUUUUUGGGAGACUUCUUGGGGUAAAGGUAGGCCGGGAUGGCACAUAGAAUGCUCAGCUAUGGUCAGUAAAGUGUUUGGCAGUCAAAUAGAUUUCCAUGCUGGUGGUAUCGAUCUUCAGUUUCCACAUCAUGAGAAUGAGGAAGCGCAGUCUUGUGCCUUCCAUAACACAAUGCAAUGGGCAAACUACUGGAUUCAUGUUGGACAUUUAAGUUUAAAAGAUGUGAAAAUGUCUAAAUCUUUACAAAACACAUUAUCAAUACCAGAUUUUCUUAAAAUAUACACAUCCGAUAUAUUUAGAAUGGCAUGUCUUAUGUCAAAUUAUAGAUACCCAAUGGAGUACACUGAUGAAAUUAUGAAAACGGCUGAAAGUGUUUUGAAAAAGUUUAAAUUCUUCCUAAAUGAUGUUUUAUUAUAUGUAAACAAAAGUGACACAGGACAUGGAGAUUAUGAUAAAAAACUUUUAAAUGAACUGCAAAAGGUGGAGAGUAAUAAUUUGGAAGCGUUAAAGAAUGAUUUUGACACAUCGUCAUGUAUAAAUUCUUUACUAAACCUAGUAACGGUUACAAAUAAAAUAAUUAAAGCUGAUACCAAAGAUCAUUAUCCAGUACCUGUGAUACUAAUCGCUCAAUAUAUAACAAAUAUCUUGAGCAACUUUGGUUUAAAAUUGCAAGAUAAUACGGAAAAUGAUUUAUCAAACUUAUUAAUAGAUACUUUAGUUGAUUUUAGACAUAUUGUAAGAAAUAAUGCUUUACAACGAAAGGAUAAGGAAUUGUUAACCGCAUGUGAUAUGGUCAGAGAUAAAAUGAAGACUAUGAAGGUUCAAAUUAAUGACAGCAAUAAAACGGCAUCAUGGGUUAUUACUAAAUAAAUGAUUUA